AUGCGCUUGACCCCGAUCGUCGCAGGCGCAGCCGCCCUCGCCCUCACCGCGUCUCCCGCUCUCGCAUGGACCAACCAGGACCACGAGAUCUUUGACCUCGUCUCGUCCCUCGAGGGCGCAGAGGGCAAGGGCACCACCUUCUACACGUUCCUCAACACGACCCGCAGCGCGACCCCGCAGGAGAUCAACCGCGCGUACCGCAAGCGCUCGCUCGAGCUCCACCCGGACAAGAACCCGGACGACAAGAAGAUCGCGGACCGCUUCGCUCGCCUCGGUGUCAUUGGCAACAUCCUCCGCGACGACGAGAAGCGCAAGCACUACGACCACUUCCACGACAACGGCGUCCCCAAGUGGAGGGGUACCGGCUACUACUACUCGCGCUACCGCCCGGGCCUCGGCUCGGUCCUCGCAGGCCUCACCGUCUUCUCGUGCUUCAUCCACUACGUGUUCCUCUACAUGACUUUCCGGGUCCAGAAGAUGCGCAUCAACGCCUUCCGCGAGCAGGCCUUCGAGGCGGCGUGGGGCCCGACCAAGAAGCCCCUCGCGGGCAAGCGCCGGCUCAAGACCAAGACGGGCGAGCAGGGCGACGCCAUGGGCAUGCCCGGCAUCAACGGCGGCCGGCCCAUCGCUGGCGGCAGCACGCUCGAGCUCGCCGUCGAGGGCCCGGACAAGGUCUACGUCGUCGAGAACCGCAAGGAGACCCUCAUCUCGGAGGACCUCGUCACCAAGCCCGUCCUGCGCGACACGUGGCUCCCUCGCGCCGUCCUCAGCCGCCUCGGCUACGAGACGACGCCGUCGGCGCCGGCCGCCUCGACCGACUCGUCGUCGACCUCGACCUCGAGCGCGAGCGCCGCCGCGCGCAAGUCGUCGAUCAAGAAGUCGUACCGCAAGCCGUCGCCCGAGGACAGUGCGGGCGCGACGAGCGGCGACGACGCGACGAGCGGCGGCGAGGACGGCGCUGCGCCGGCCAAGAACCGCGGCCCGGGCAAGGGCAUCGAGGGCAUGGGCAAGGUCGGCGGCAGGAGGCGCAAGACGGUCCCGAGGCCGACGCCCAAGUCGACCUGA